UGUGGUGGGAACCCCACAGGCAGGAGGCGCCCGGCCAGCACAUCCCGCCCGCUGGCAUUUGCUGCAGAGUCUGGGACCGGGGUCAUGUCUCCCCACCCCACCGCCCUCCUGGGCCUAGUGCUCUGCCUGGCCCAGACGAUCCACAUGCAGGAGGGGGCCCUGCCCAGACCCUCCAUCUCGGCUGAGCCAGACACUGUGAUCCCCCUGGGGAGCCCUGUGACCUUCCACUGCCGGGGCCCAGCUGGGGUUCACGCAUUCCGCCUGGAGAGGGAGAAUAGAUCCCAGUACAGAGAUAAUUAUGAUGUGUCUCUAGUUAGUCCGUUUUUGUCAGAGGCCACAUUCCGCAUUGACUCAGUGAGUGAAGACAGCGCCGGCCGUUAUCACUGCCUCUAUCAUAAGGCCUCCAGAUGGUCUCAGCCCAGUGAGCAGCUGGAGCUCGUGGUGAAAGGGACUGUGGCAGACACGGAAGCCUCCGGGUUUGACUUACUAUGAAUGAGGAGAAAUGGCCUCCUGCCUAGUGAACCUCAAUGGGGAGAAAUAAUUGCAGUGAGCAAUAGAAAAUGCACAUAUGCCUUUACAUGCAUACACAAAUAAACAUGUAU